GAUGAGGAACUGUGCAUAUUAAUUAAGAGUUUCACAUUUAAUUAAAACCAAGCAUAAAAGACGCACGUACUUUAGUAUAAAUUAUCAAAAUGGUUUACAGUGUCAAUAACCAGAAGUCAAGCGUGUUUAGUGCGCGGUAUCGCUGGCAAGUCAUAGCCACCAUGACAGUUCACAUCAUGACAUUUACACAUGGUGUUGGUGUGGGCUGGCUGGCGCCGUCGCUGCCACUGCUUGGAUCCGAGGAGACUCCAUUGGACAAACCCAUCAGCAUCGAUGAGAUCUCCUGGGUGGGUUCAUUGAUCGGUCUGGGUGCGCUGACGGGCAACAUUAUCUUUGGGCUGCUGCUGGAUCGAUUGGGACGCAAGUUGUGCAUGUAUCUUCUGGCCAUACCCAACAUGAUCUAUUGGAUUCUUAUCUAUUCGGCCCAAGAUGUGACGUACCUAUAUGCUGGACGAUUCCUAGCCGGCGUGUCGGGUGGCGGAUGUUAUGUGGUAUUACCCAUAUUCGUAGCCGAAAUAUCUGAUAACAAUGUACGCGGCGCACUAUCUUCCAUGGCCAUGAUGUAUGUUAGCAUAGGCAUGAUUGUCGGCUUCUCACUUGCCUCCUAUCUCAGCUACUAUCUUAUGCCGUGCAUUGCCAUCGCCUUCCCAGUCAUCUAUCUGUUGGCCAUCAUCGGCUUAUCAGAGACGCCACAGUACUUGCUCCGUCAGGGUCGCGAUGCCCAAGCCGAGAAGUCAUUCUAUUUCUAUAAGAACUUGCACUCAUCUAGCUCUGAUAAUGAGUCAGCUUAUCAUGAUGCGGCUAAAAUUGAGUUUGAGACAUUCAGACAACAAGUGCUCAGCGGCGGGGUCAAACAAGAUGUCACCUGGAAAGAUUUUUUCAAUUGGCCCACACUGAAGAUCUUCGGACUCAAUUUCACGCUGCUUGUUUCGAAUCAGUUGUCGGGAAGCUUUGCCCUCUUUAACUAUACCUCGCACAUAUUUGGAGAGCUGGAGACACAAAUCGAGCCGAAUACCUGCACUAUUAUCGUGGGUGCAGCUCAGGUCGUGGGCAUCUUGUGUGCCGUUGCACUCGUGGAUCGCUUGGGUCGUCGUGUGAUGUUGCUCACCUCGAUGGGAUGCAUGGGACUUGGAGAAUUAGGCAUCGGCUUGCUGUCCAGCUUGGCUCCAAAAGAAUUUCUGGCUGCAAAUAAUUGGCUGUCGUUGUUGCUUAUGUGCUUCGUAGCCUUUAUUGCGUCUGUAGGCGUCAUACCGCUUAUCUUUAUAAUCAUCAUCGAAAAUCUGCCAGCUAAGAUUCGCUCCAUCGGCACCUCGAUUUGCAUGGCCACGCUGAGUGCCUUUAUUUUCGUCUCUCUGAAAAUCUAUCCACUCAUGAUCUUUGGCCCUGGCCUGGCUGCCACCAUGUACAUGUCGGCUGGCGUGUGCGCCAUUGGAUUCACCAUACUGGGACUAUUCCUGCCGGAGACCAAAGGCAAACUGCUGACACACUAAUCGUUGUUGUCGUCGCUCUAUGUCGCUUUGUGUUUGGGACGCGUGUGAAAAUCGAAGAUGACUUGAGCUUGGCAUUAGGUCCACUGGGCCACGCCAAAAACGUCGCUUUUGUAUCAGCGCGUCAUUGCAUAAGUUGAGGAUGGGAUUAGCGGUAUAAGUGUGAGUGUGAAUACUGCCACGGGGACUCACAAUUUAUUGUAGACAUCUCCAUCAAAGCGACUCACUCCAUAGCUGACACAAUGAAGGGCAUAUGGCUCAUCCUGACCUCUUGAACUUAAUUCAAUUUGCGGCUUAUUUACCCUUCAGCGAUGGAUAUUGAGUUUAUAGUCUAAAAAUUUGUGUUAAAUAAUAUUAAGUUUCGAGUGGAGAAAGUCGAUUAGGUAACAAUCUCAUUUGACAAGAUACUUCUAAUUUCUUUAGUGUUCAUUUUCAUAAGUAUUUAUGUCUACUAAUUAAAC